UCUUCACGCACUCACGAAAACAAAAAUGGCGUCCGCGAGUUUGUUUUUAUUGCGUGAGUGCUAGAGUAAACAUUGGACAAAAAAUUGGGGUUUUAAAUGGAUUUAAUGUGAAUUUUGAAGCCGGAAAUCGGUUCACGAAUGUGCCAGCAAUAUGAAGAGAAAACUAAACACAUUGGAGUUGAGACGGCUGAGGGAAGGUGGCCAGCAGCAGAAUGAAGAGAUUGAACUUUCGCCCAGCAAAAAGAGGUCAACGGAGAGCGGUGGCAGAGGGGCAGUUCCGAGGGUCAGCGCCGCGAGGAAUCUCUUCUCUAGCGGAUCGAGGUCCAGGGAAGAUCCCCGGGAACAUCAGGAUUUGACCCGCGAGGAAAUAGCGCUCAUGUUUAUGGAGGUUUCUGAGAAAAUCGACCGCUGCUUCGACUUUGACAUCCAAAAGUGGCUGGACCGGUACGAAGGGCGGCGCCAUGGCGAGGAAACCAACUUCCCGGAGGCGGCCAUGCUGGUGAUGAGUGCCGCCCAGAUUUACGGUCGCAAGGUCGACUACCUGGAGGACAUAAUCAUGCACAUGGGCCAGGACCAGAAGGCCCGCGAAGGCAACGAGGAUGGCGGGAAACAAGCCGCGGACAAACCGGUUGGACGGAGGCGAGCUGUCCGGUUUCAGCCUCAAUCGUUGUCGGAUUGUUUCAGCGAUUUGGAGUUUUCCUGCGUGGAUCGAAAGACGCUCGCGUUUGGGUCGUUGGUGGCUCCGGUCGAACGAAUCGGCAUCGAUCGGAGGAACAAGUUCCAGCUGAUGCAGGAGCUGUGCAAUGAACUGCGGACCAUGCCAACGAAGCAACGCCGACAGGAGAUUCUUAAUAGGCUGCGGGAUGAGGCCAACAUUCCGCCAAUCAUGUCCAGCCAUACGGCCGCGAGAAAGAACCAGAUUCUGGACCUGGAGUCGGGCGAAACGAUCGGCACGCGGUACGACUUCCAGAUCUUCCUGAACUUUAUCGAUGUGCGAACAGGAUCGCUCCGUCCGGAACACGACCUAAAGCGAUUCUUCCAGCGGUGCGACGUAAUUGACUAUUUGUACGAACAGCAGGAGGGCGAACGAGACCGGGAUGAGUGCACGCCACCGAAGCCGGUGUUUCCGUUGAAGCCACGCGAGUUCAAGAUGUACAUUCCGCCGGAAUAUCUGCGCGAACGGUACCGCAUCGAGAUUGAAGACACUUCGGACUUUGACAACGAGCUGCACCGGGCCAAGAGCAGCAAUUUCCGGAAGGAUCCCAUCUGGAAGCUGAUGAAUGGCCAACCUCCGCCACCUUCUCAAGAGGAACCUGUCGUUGAACUCGACGGUCCUCCGGAGGACGUUUCUUUCUCGAACGUGCUAUCAUCGUCCAGGUUGGACAACGCUGUGACGGAGGAUUCGGAGCCAAAUCCCAGCCAAGAAACAACCCCCGAACUCAACUCUAGCCAGGAAUCGGCCAUCGAGCAAGAACCAUCAUCCCAGACGACGGAUAUCCACGGCGACGCGCCAGAACCGGAACUGAUGGCACUCGAGAACCAACAGCCACCGUCAACCGUCCCAUCCGACCCGACCCAGCAAUUGAGCCAGUCCCGGCUCAGCAUGGAAUCGGCCGACGAGGGCAUCGGUGGCGAUCGGGAAUCUCUGCUGUCGCGGUCCUGCUCGCUGGACAAGUUGAGCGAGUGCUCGCCGGAAACGCCGCUGUUCUUCUGCUCCGGAACCGUCCUCGCGACGACUGCGCCGAAAACGACCAUCUCGCUGAAGCCGGCGCUGCUGAGCUUGAACGUGCUGAAGAUUCCCGAGUGUCACCUGCGCAAGCAUCUGAUAUUUGCGCUGACGAUGGAGUACAAGAAGAUGAAGAUGGAUUUGGUGCGAAAGAGCAGCUCCAAAGGGAAGGACAUCUUUACGUUAAAGCUGUACAGCUUGAGCCACCGAGCUCCGAAGAAUCCGGAAUGGGUGAGGCGGCCCAGCACGCCGGAGUUGGAAGACUUUCUCGGCUUUGACGAGUUUGCGGAGAUUUUGGACGGUCCGCACGGCAAGAGUCUGUACAGUUUAGCGCCACCGAGCGACGGUGCGCCGUCGAUAGGGUCCCGUGCGUCCACUCCUGAACUGGACUUUUUCGGCUUUCAAAAUGACGAUCCGGAACUGGACGAACCAAAGCCUGUCGAUGAUGUCGCCAAACAGGAAUCAGUGCCGAAUGACAUGGCGGUCGCACCGGAAGUGGAAUCUACGGUCCAACCCGGCUCGCAGGAGUCCACUCCGACGCGAACAAUGUCCCGCGAUUCGGGCAUUUCCGACGAUCAAAACAGUGGCGAUAGGAGAAGGAGCGAUUCAACCGAGGAGACGCCGGCUAUUUCCGCGAAACCCGAUGAACCAUCUACCGCGGGGCCUCUACUGGCUCCGGAAUCUGCCCUAAACAGUGAAAAGUACCUGAAGAGCGUUACGGAAGCAAAGGAACUCAUCGAGAAGGUCAACAAUUGGCACCGGAAGUUGAAACCUAUCCUAGCAUUAUCGGAAAAGCGGAACCACUUUGACAUCCACGCUUACGGGACGGAGAUCAUCAACUCGUUCGGACCGGAAGUGGCGGAGGAACCGUCUUCGCCGCAGCUGAUCAACUUUGCCCAGGUCAUGGAACAGAAGCAGGAGGACUUUACGGCGCGGUACUUCCUGUCGAUGCUGAUGCUGGCCAACACGAACAACGUGGAGAUUGUGGCGCGGAACCAGGACCCGAGCCGGCUAACCCAGAAGGAGGACAUCGAGCUGCGACUGCUGAGCCGGAAGCGACACCACCAGGAAAUGGAGAGCAUGGGCGAACGGAUACCGUGUGACAACACGCAGCUCGACGAGGGUAAGCCGGGUCGGGGAAAGAAGCGAAAGCGACGACAGAUCGCGGAAGAGGAAGCGCAAUUCGGCGAACCGGAAGCAGUCAGCGGAGUUCAGCGACUACGCGUGGCAGACGACGACUGCGACGAAGGUUUCCUGGACAACAUUCGCCGGAUGUAUCCGGAUGUGAACGGCGAGGAGACGAUGCGGAAGCGGAUGGCGUUCCGUCGGGGGAUGCGACGCUGUGCGUACGGGCUGUCAACCGAUGAGCUGUUGGCGGAGGAAAAAACGCCUCCGUCGCUACCAACCGCGACGGAACAAGACCCGGACGAGGUUCUGUCGGUGGAUUUGUUGACGAACGAAGCUGUGAUUAUGGCCGCCCCGUGUGUUCCACCAGUGCCCGUGGAGGAUGAUCUGUGCUGCUCCAAGAGUUUGUACUCGACGGCAGAAUCCGGCUACGAGUCGAUGCUCGGCGGAAGCUUGCUUUGAGGUCCAGUUUUGCACCUGGGGACCCAACUACUCACACAUGGCGAACCUCUCUAGCACGUGUUCAUACAGAGUUGGUUUAUUUUGUAGGAAUAGUUUGUUGACUAAUUAGGGCGAAUUUCGCGAACAAUUUUGACACAGGAUCCUUGCGUACAACAGUACUACUUUUUAGCACCAUUAGCUACCUUUUCUCCCAGUACAAACUGAUGCACAGAAUUUCCAUUGUAUAGUUUUUACAACUAAACCAGUGACUUUAUUUUGUUUUCCUUAACCUAACCAACUAGUUUAUUUUUACGUACUUUCGGAGUUAUAUUUACACCACUAUUAUUUACUAUAAUUUAUAAUAAAUUUAAUUGCUUUCUUGUUUUUGAAGAAAACAUAAAAUUAUGCUGACUCGGCUUACAUUUCCAUUUAAACUUUUUUUUUGCAUUCUGAAUAGCAUUUUUCAUCCCAUUAAAAACAGAUUACCUUUAUUUUCCACCGCACUUUCCACAAUUAGUUUUAAGCAUUAAUAAAAACUUGCGAUUUGCACGUUUUGACUUUUUUCCUUGUAAUAGCGUUUAAUUUUAACAACACAAUUGGUACUAUAUUUUGAAACUACUUGAUCAGAACAAUGUUUAAAAUCUAUCGGAUCUUUAGAGCAAUUGCUGUAAAUAAGAAAGUAAUUUUAAUACGAAACAAUGACCCAUCAAAGUCCUUGGAUAUCGGAUAUACUUUGCACAGAAACUAACAGAGAUGAAUAACGAAGCAGAAAUAAAGGAAAUAGACAGAAGUUGAAUUGUAACAUAGUUCGGUAUAUUUUUUGUAAUAAAAAGCAAAUUAAAACUAAA